AUGAACCAUUCACAUCCUUUGGACAAGGAUGACCCUAUGUUUCAACGGGUUGGAUCCCCUCAGGGUAGAGACGUGUCUCAUCGGACGCAAUCAUCACCACCGUCUGCUAGUUCAAUUGCUGCUCCUGAGACACGUGACUCAUCUGCUUUACUCUCGCCGGUGCUUUCUGAUCAGCCAUCCACUCCUCCGAAUUUCACCGAAGCUCCAAAAGAAUCUUCCGAACAGUUGUCACCUCCUAAGCAUGUCGUACAGAGACUUACUCCUUUGGGAAAGUUCAGUCCUAGGAAGAGGUCUGACUCAGCUGAUACCUCAGGACCCGCUGCAUCCGACGAUUCAGAUUUUUUUUCUGUAGAGGAGGAUAUCAAGGAGCAUUUGAGCCGCCGUGAUGCUUUUUACGAUUCUGUGGUAGAAAGACUUGCCAUACAUUCUAGGGAGAUUUUUGACCAUGUAUCAAAAAAGACGAAGCUUCAUGAGGAAAGACAUGCCCGAAGACAGGCAAGACAGAACAGGGCAAUUGAAGCUCAUAAAAGACACCUUUUCCACAAAAGAAGAAGGGCUUCAGAAACUAUUAAUUGCAUCAAAAUGAACAUGUUAUCAGAUUCUUCUGCGUCUUACGUCUCCCCCAGGGACGUGGACGACCGUGCCGAACCUCCUAUAUCUCGUUCUGCCCUGACUACAUUCUUACGGGAACUGCGAGAUAUUACACCCGAAAUUCUGGACUUCAAAAACAACGUCUUAAUUGAUAACGGGACAUCGUUCUCUGAUCUACGCUUGAGAUUGGGCCGUAUAUCAAUAUUUGGUAGGUUUGUGAAUACGUACAUGAAGAUAAGCAUGAGUUCUGCAUAUGAGCUAACUUUAUGUGUGGAGAUAAUGAAGGCUGUGAGUUGCUAUUUCAACUUUUUGAAAAAGGAACAAGCCUCGAACACUAGUGAGAUUAUCCACCAUUCAUCCACUUUUUUGGCUAGGAUGUUUCUUAGUGGAAUUAUUUUUCUUGUAGAGGAGAACCACCAUUCACACACCGGCGUGGUACCAGGAUACCUGAUUAGACUCGCAAAUGUCUAUCAUGAUGAGGUUUUUGGAACUCUCUGCAGGGAUUUUCCUGGUAUGAAGAGACGAUUCCUUGACAACUACUACUUUGAAUUCUUGAUGAAGAAACUUUUUGAAAGUACGCUACAACUUUGGACCCUUUUCAGUGCUAUUGUGACUACGCAGAACCCACAAAUCUUCACAGAAUCCAAUCAGAGGUUUAUCAGAGAAUUUGAAACAGUCUACCUUAACUGCUUUCGUGUUUUCAAACACAUACAUUUGAUCAGAGACAUCUGCUCCUUUAUGGAGAUCAUCAAGAAGGCACAGAAUAACUUGCAGUAUAUGGAUUCCAUGGCAAAAUUAGAGGAUGAUCCCACUGUUUUGGCAGAAUCCAACGAGACUAGAUCUGCCUUUAAUCAUACGAUCAAGAAAAACAAUCAACGAUUGGACAAGCUUAGAUCUGAAUUGGCCAAUGUGAAUGAUUUCAAAGAGAUCUUGAGACUUGAGAACACGCUUUACGCCGAGUAUCAGAGAGAGGUCAUGAGUGGCUCUUCGUUGGCUGACGAUAAUCCAUUAACUGGCAGCAAGGAUUCAACGAUAAGCAAUCCCAGCUCCAGCUAUGAUAAUAGCUUCAAAUCUGUAUCAUCGAUAGUUUUUCCGGUGACCUCUUCAACUCUUGGAAUUCAUGAUUCGGUGGUCCCACCAACAUUUUCACUUCUUGAAUGGAGAAAAUGUGUCAUGAAAGUAUAUUUGGAAUAUCUGGCUAGCAUUGAGAACGAGCAGCCAACCUUCGCAUUUCUUAAAGCAGGAAGAAAAUCUAGAAAUAGCCCCGGCUACAUGCGACAGUCAAAGAAAGCCAGAAGAAAUGAUCACAUAAUUUCAUCCACUUCGGAAAAUUGGCAGCUGGGUUUUCCAGACUUUCUUAGUUAUUUGAACUCCAAGUUUCGACCUAAUGUGGAAGAACUUAGACACUGGCUUAAUUUAAAGACCUUUACUGAAGGAGCUGUUGAAGCCAUUGAACAGAUCUCAUAUUUGGAAUAUGUCGACCAGAUGAUGGUUGAUGUGGUGUUAAUGGUCGAAAAGUGUAUGCAAACGAUGAAAAUUGUCAUCCAGAGCGAUAGUGGUAAAGUAUUUCUCUCUUUACCAAAGCGUACAAAGGACAAAGACCUAAUAGCUAUUUUAAGUGACCCUAUUGUAUCUUUAUCCAAAUUGGAACACGGUGAUCUUUCAUUAAGAGAUUAUUUUAGCGCUGUCUUUGCCAUAUUCAAAGUAGAGGUUCCAGACUUCUUGCAAAAAGAAUGCGAUCGGCUACUUCAAAUGUCAAACCACGAACUGAUUAAUGUUGAUUUCAUUAAAUCUUUCAUAGAAUUCAUUCGUGACUCUCUGAUCAUCACAGUUAAUCAAAGUAUGAUUGACUGCUUAAAUGUUGUGGGACGAAACGUGUUAGAAUUCGAAGAACUAUCGACGGAAUAUGAGGAAAAUGCGUCUAGUCUUGAUAUUAGAAUGCCUAUCCUUUUUGGAAGGAUGCUUCGGCAACCAUUUAAGAGAGAGGAAUCCGAUAUCGAUAGUGCUGUGUAUGAGUACUUCAACCGGCUUUUUAUCCGAAUGCUUUGCUCCUCACAAUUUGACGAGCUUGAAAUUCCAGAGCCUGCCGAAGUCUUUUGCAUUCAACUGAAAGGCAUUCACAACAGGAUUAAAAGUCUGACCGCUGUGCAGUCGUUUUCUAUUCUUCUUAUGACAUAUUUGUCACAGCAAUCAAUUGUGGGAACAAAUAUAUUGCAAGGAAAACAAAAUUGUCUGGUCAAUUUUGUGGCACUUAUUCGUGAUCUGGACUCUUUUAUGAAAAGAUAUUUUGAGCAGAGUAAUCAAAAUGGCUCAUUAGGUUACUUCUUUAAGUUCGAAAUACUGAAACUGAUUAAGCAGAAUUCUAAGGACAGACUAAUCUCUCUGAAAAAGGACGGGUUAGACUUGAAGGAGAUUGAGAGAAUCAUUGAGAUGAACAUAGACUCAGACACUAUCUUCGAUCUCAUAGAUCAGAUAUCCAAAGCAAGUUUUGGUCGCGAGAACGCUAAAUCUGUGAGAACAGUAUACAACAAACUACUGGAAAAAAUCUUGAUGUCUGCUGCCAACAGAGAAAAAAUGAAUGAGAAGGCUUUUAUGAGAAACUUUUACAACAUUCCACUCAUCCAGGAUGGAAUAGAGAAAAUUAUCAAAGAUUACUACAUAUUGUACGGUUGUUUAUAUGGGAUCAACAAUGAAAUGCUUAGGGGUUGCUAUCUGGAAUUUGGUGCACAGUGCUCCAUAGAAAGCACAAACGAUUGA